AUGGAGCAAGUUGUACAAGUUUAUGUAUUGAAUGAAUACAACUAUGCACAUUUAAAAGGUCAAAUAACAAUAGAAUACCAUUUAAUUGGCCAUAACUAUAAUACCUCAAUUCAAGAUAAUAUCUCAGAUUCUGAGUUGGAUGAAGCCAUUUUUCCUCUCAUUUUUUCCAUCAAUUGCCCUCCUGCGCUAAACAGCCUUUCUACAGGAGCUGAUGAGGGUAUCGCCGUAUUGAACCUUAUGUAUGCUUUUUUCAAUGGUAAAGAAAAUGAUGAAAAUGAAGAACUCAUAAAUGAUUAUGAAGCCGAAAACUUACAACAUAAUAGAACCUACAUUUGUAUACCAGGUGUACAUGACAAAUCUAAUUUUUAUAUUGACAAUUUUCAAAAUAAUUAUUAUAAAAAAAGUGUUGUACGAAAUAAAAUGUACUUAAUUUGUGAAAAACAGAGAAAGGAGAAAGUAAAUGAAUACUGUCCAGCCACAGCCAUCAUUGAAAUUCAUGAUCCUGAAAAUCGUUUGCGGCUUCAUCCUGGAGGACACAACCAUGGUGCUGUUGAAAGAGACCUUGAUAUGCCAUACUUGAGAAGAGCUAUCGGUAGGAGGGCCAAAACAUUAGGUGCUAUGUCUAUGCCUAUCAGGCACAUAAACAAUGAAGAAAUUGUUAGUCAUCCUGCUGGAAGUCUUGGAUAUACAUUUCAACAGGCUCAACAUAGAUGUAAGAGAAUGAAAAACUGUAGACGACCAAAAAUACCAGAGACAAUUCCAGCAUUAAACCACAUUAGCUAUGGAACUACUCUGAACCAUCGUCAGACUUUUUUCAACAGGCAUUAACUGUUGAAGGUAUUA